UUUUCGUGAGAUCCCUCUGUUGACUGUUCUGAAAUUGAACUACUAAGUUAAACUUCUGCUCAUAUCCUAAAACGCCUUGACUGACUGCUCUUGCCACGCGCUCUCCCCUGACAGACGGAGUACGAGCUCCCAGCAGUGUGCGCGUGCCGAGUGUGAGUCUGAUUUAUUCACUGUCCGCCGUCCCCAAUCGACCUCCCCAGCUACACCCCCCUCAUCGCUCCGCGUCGGUCGUCCGCAUGAGUCAUGUACCGGCGUAGCCAGCAUCCAUCCGCGCUCUCGCCCCUUCGCUUCCUCCCUCUCGCUCUCGCGCCUCUCCUCCCUCGCGCGAAUAGAGGCGAAUCGUAGACGCGCCUCGCGAUUUCACCGUGCUGCUGCGGGGAUUGCUCGGCUGCCACGGCGCGGCCGGUACGCGCGGGGGGGAGGGGCAGGAUCAUGGCAAGGACUCGCAGUGCACGCGCGCCCGACGGCGGCGGCGGAUUUCCUUGGCGCGGCGUGGUGGGCGUGCUGGCGGCUGUCAUGGUCGUGGGCAGUCUGCCUUCCUCUUGCCCCGCGCUCGCUUCGCCUCAGUCCGCCUCGGCACGCCCCCGCGUCAGUCGCCCGCUCUCCUCCCUGCGCAAUUUCCUCGCGUAUCACCGCGGAGAGCGCGUGCUGGCAGCGCGGCAGUGCGGCGCGUGCUGCAGCGCGAGUCCCGGCGGAAUACCGCGCGGCAUGCCCGCCAUGGUGUCCACGUGGUACCAGCAGACGUGGCUCACGGGGCAACGGGUGCAAUUGAAGGCGUCGACGUUCGGCACGUGGUGGCGCGUUGACGGGUUGGGCAAGGCGGGCAGCACCAUCAGCAGCCGCGGGUCAGGGCAGCCCAGCGUGCGGGAGUACUUUCUGGUGGUCGUGGUGGGCGCAUACAGAGUGAAGCUGCUGACGCGCGCGGGCACGUACGUGGCGGUGGCGGGCAGCACGCCCAAAGGCUACAGCAGCCCGCCGCUCGUCACCACGGCCAGCGCCAGCAGCCCUGCCACCGUCUUCCAGGUGUCGCGCAUCGGCCGCUUCUCCUACCUCUACUCGCCCUUCGCGCGCUCCUUCGUGCGCUCGCGCGCCAACGGCCAGGUGACGGUGGGCGGCACGAAUCGCAGCAACUUUGGGCGCAUGCAGGUGGUUGAGGUGAAGGCGGUGCCGGCGGUGCGCGGGGUGAACCUGGGCAGCUGGCUCGUGUACGAGCAGUGGAUGGACCCCAACGCCUUCCCGCGCUACUCCAACAUCCUCGACGGCACCAAGAUGACUCUGUUCAACUACAAAGUGUUCAAGUACGUCACCGCUCCACAAGGAGGCGGAGGAUGGCUGCGGUGUGAUGCGGACUUGGCAGGCGACUUUGAGACGUUCAUCGUGCAGACGCAGGCGCCCAACCAGGACGCCUACCAUCUGCUGGCGGAGGAGCGCCUGUACUGGCACCUGCCUGCCACCGCCGCCAUUCCCUACGCCGACGCCUUCACGCCCAGUGCGCGGACGCGCUUUCAGUUCCGGCGGCGUGCGUCGGACCGCACGAUGGUGGCCAUAGUGGCGCCCAAUGGGCGAUUGCUGCAGGCGCUGUCAGACGGCACGCUCAUCGCUAACUACUCCGGCAACCUCAACGACCCCGCCUUCUGGAAUGGCCCCGCUGCCUUCCGCUUCACGCCGCUGAAGGAGCUGCGCUAUGACUGGCAGCUGGCGUACCAGUGGGGGUCGCAGGCGGCCAUGCGCAUCAACAGCCAGCGCUCCACGUUCGUGACGGAGGCGGACUGGCGCGCCAUGGCACGGCAGGGUGUCAACGCCGUGCGCAUCCCGAUCGCCUACUACAUGGCGCAGGAGCCCAGCCCCGACUGGCCCUUUGUGUGGGGCAGCUACAUGUACAUAGACUGGGCGUUCAAGAUGGCUGUCAAGUACAAAGUGCGCAUCUGGUUCAGCAUGCACGUAGUGGCGGGCACGCAGUCCGGCACGUUUGGCUCGCGUCUGGGCUACGUGGACUUCCCGCGCCCGCGCAACGUGGCCAAGACACUAGGCGCCAUCCGGUGGCUGGCGCAGCGGUACGGGCGCCAUCCCAUGUGGCUGGGCAUCGGACUCAUGAAUGAGCCCAGCCUUAGUGUGCCGCUGGAUCUGCUCAAGAGCUACUACGUGAAUGCGACGGCCAUCAUCCGGCGGUGGAACCCGUGCGUGUACAUCUCCAUGGAGGGGCAGACGGGCCCCGACGACGUGCAGUCGCUCAUGGCGGGCGAGCCCAACGUGAUCCUGGAGUCGCACGUGUACGACGUGUUCAGCCCCGGCGGGUACAGCUCCGCGCAGCAGGAGAUAUACGAGAUGCAGACUUCCAGGAAGGAGAGAAUCGCAGAGCACCAGCAGUACGGGCGCAUGCUGCUGGUGGGCGAGUUCUCCAACGCCAUGGGGUACAGCCCCGUCACACCCGACGAGCAGACCGCCUUCUCCCUCGCACAGAUGCAGACACUGGGCACUGCCAAGGCGGGCUGGUUCUUCUGGUCCCUUAAAAUCAACAAGCCAAACACCAAGCAUUGGGACUUCUACCAGAGUCAGCUCCAAGGCUGGCUGCCUAAGAGGCCCAAUGGCCACUGGUAUUGAAAAACUGCAGCUGCAGUACUUGCUGAACCCACUCUUACUGUCUUAUUCCACGUCUUGAAUUGUGAAUGUCAAUGUCAAUGAAUCAACAAACCUUAAUCCUGUCAACAAACAUAAUCUCUAGUUAGGUUAGAUAUGUUUGCAUAACCUAGCUAGGCCAGCUACCGUAAAAGCCCGGAUAUAAGACCUAUGGGUCUUAUCACAUAACAC